GCUCAUAAAGAAUUUGAAAGGUUCUCAAAACAGAAGAACAAACGUCAACAGCAGACAAAACCAGCUGGCCCGCAUAGCAAUCAAUUAGUCCUAGAAAGUAACGAUCAAAAAAAUAAAGAUGAACUUCAUGAACCUGCAGCAGCACCUCUUCGACACCCAAUAUCAGCCAGACGAGCUCUCCACAGCAUCUGCAACACUCAGCAAGCAACCAAGAGCAACCAACGCUUUGAAACUAUUAUUGGAGAUUCAAGGAACCAUCUCCAACCUCAAAGCGAAACCACAUGCAAAAUCAGACCCUUUGACUCCAAAGCAACCAGUCCUUCUUCACCGCCAGCCUCACGGACUCCGGUACACCAUCAGCCCAGUUACCACACACCCUCCUCCUCCGACCUUCCAGCGCCAGGACGUGCGCCGCAUUGUUGACCGUCCGGGGCACAAAGUUGGAAUCCCCUUCCACCAACAGUCGCCGAAAGCCCAUCAUGCGUGCAAGGAGUAGCGCCCAAUAACAAAAAUAUUUUAAAAAAUAAUAUUUUGUAAAAUAAAAAUAUCUGUUAAUUGCCUUAAUUACCCUCCACUUAUCUCACUCACCUUUUUCCUUUUUUUUUCUUUUACCUUAAAUUACUUUGUUGAUUAAUUGUCGGAAAACCACCGCCGUUAGAUCAACUGACCAACAUUCCGGCGAACUCCCUUUUCCGAUGACAAUCUCCAGUUUCCCGAUCAACCAACGGUGACAAAACCGAUGAAGUCUCCGUUCUCCUUUCUUUAGAUCAAUCAACGGUGACCAACAUUCCAUGCAUGCCGAUCCAUUGAAAGCGCGAAAUCACAGCCGUCGAAUUCCUAAUCUUCAUUAGGAUUUUGUUAACGUUUAUCGUGGGAUUCAAUAUGUUUAAGAAAAUUAUUAAAGGAGGGCAUAAGAAGCAUUCGAAAUCAGAUUCCAUUGAUGGAUCUUUACACGGGUACGGUUUACCCGGUUCCGGUCAUCCGGGUUCGGGUUCGGGUUCCUCUGUAGUCGUCAACUAUGCUUCCUGGCCCGGACAUAACGCAAAAUCCUCAAAUCCCUGCCCCCGUACGACACUGCCACCGAUGUUCGCCGUUGAACCCUUGCCGUUAUUCAAAGACGUAGCCGUUUCCGAUAGGCAAAACCUGUUCCUGCGGAAAUUGCAGAUUUGUUGCUUCCGAUUGGAUUUCUCCAAUACCUUGAAAUUGGUCCGUGAGAAAGAAAUCAAACGGCAAACGUUGCUUGAACUCGUCGAUUUCAUUCAAUCCGGGUCGGGUAAAAUCACGGAGCGGUGUCAGGAAAACAUUUUCCGAUGUCUCCCGCCGGCGUCUCACGAAAACACGGGGCAAGAAGCCAAGGAUCCUGAAGACGAGGAACCUUAUUUGGAACCCUCGUGGCCGCAUUUACAGCUUGUUUACGAGCUUCUUUUGAGAUACAUUGUUUCUUCAGAUACAGACACCAAAGUUGCCAAAAAACACAUUGAUCAUACCUUUGUUUCCAAGUUAAUUGAUUUGUUUGGUUCAGAGGAUCCCAGGGAAAGAGAGUAUUUAAAAAUGAUUCUUCAUAGGAUUUACGGUAAAUUCAUGGUGCAUAGACCCUUAAUUAGGAAAGCCAUAAAUAACAUUUUCUAUAGGUUUAUAUAUGAAACCCAGAGACAUAGUGGUAUUGGUGAGCUUUUGGAGAUUUUAGGAAGUAUUAUUCAUGGUUUCACUUUGCCCAUGAAAGAAGAACAUAAGUUGUUCCUUGUCAGAGCAUUAAUUCCUUUGCAUAAGCCGAAAGCUGUUUCGGUAUAUCACCAGCAAUUGUCUUAUUGUGUAGUACAGUUUGUUGAGAAAGAUUAUAAGCUUGCCGAUAAAGUUAUUAGAGGGUUAUUGAAGUAUUGGCCAAUGAUUAAUUGUCAAAAGGAAGUUCUUUUCCUUGGAGAACUUGAGGAAGUACUCGAAGCAACGCAGACUGCCGAGUUCCAACGAUGUAUUGUUCCACUUUUCAGACAGAUUGCACGAUGCCUCAAUAGUGCUCAUUUUCAGGUUUCAGAAAGAGCUCUCUUCUUGUGGAAUAAUGAGCACAUUAUGGGCUUAGUUGCCCAUAAUCGGCAGGUGAUAUUACCGAUAAUCUUUGAGGCAUUGGAACGGAAUAUCCAACAUCAUUGGAAUGAGGCCAUUCAUGGGUUAACCGCAAAUGUGUUGAAGAUGUUCUUGGAAAUGGAUGCCGAGUUGUUCGACGAGUGUGAGACACGGUUUGAAGAGAAAAAAGCCAAAGCCAGAGAUGUGGAAGAGCAACGAGAAAUGAUAUGGGAAAAACUAGCGGAUGCAGCAGCGGAAAGAGGUGAAGACCAUAUGGUUACAGUCUAACCGAUUAGUCGGAGUUGGAUUCAAGCAGACUCCUCAAUUUUAAUGGUAUUCUCUCUCUUAACCCUCUCUAAUAAUUAUUCUUUUCUUCUCUCCAAAUUUUUAUUCAAUUUGAUCAUUGAAAUAUAGCCAGAUUAAGGUGGCAUUUGAGUUCUUAUCAUGUCCUAGUUUCAUUAGAAUGUGAUUACCGGGAAUCUGAUUGCUGCAUAUUAAAAUGUUAGAAUCAUAAACUUUACAGCAAUUAAAGUAGGCAUUUGGUACCUUAUCAUUUCCUCAUUUUAAUGGAAUGUGAUUACUGAUAAGUUGAUUGCUGGUUGCUGGAUAUUAAAAAUGUUAGAAACAUAACAUUUAGGUUGUUUGAUAGUUUUAUUUUUGCAUGAAGUCAAGGGUUCGAUUAUGGUUUGUAUUUCACUUCCUCUUCCCUUUUAAUACCUAUAAUUUCUGUAAAACGCACUUAAGCGCGUUUAAACUCAUAUUCUCCUAAUUAUUGCAAUAACAAUGGUGUCAGUCUAGUUUAAGGCUCAAUUUGAGAAUUCUAUGGUAGAUGUUAAAUUUUGCUUUUAUGUAUAGAAAAUAUAUUGGCGUA